CUCAUUAUACUGUCACCUUUAAAUUCACACUUUCUCUCAUUUCCAGCAAAAUACGAGCUCCCGCGCCAUAACCCCGUUACAUCAUAGUGCAUUAAUAUCAAAGGAUACUUUUCUAAGCCAUAAAUCCAUCAGAGAGAGAAGAAAGGGAAUGAUAUUCUCCCAAAUACAACCGGAAUAGGUGCCCGCCUUCUCUUCCAUCACAGUCGUCUGCUUGUGUUUGUUGCCUCCAUCUUAGGCCAGGGAAGGAGGAAGGAACCUUGUUGUGAAUCAAGGACUUUAAAGGAACGGAAACAUUCAGGUGGAGCGGCUCAAAGGGUGCAUGAGGAUGGCGGCGUGUGUGGGGAUCUUGCCCCCCGCCCAGGGUGCCCCGUCCUCACUGGGCAGCGAUGCACAUCGCUAUGCCUGCAAAUCAUAUGCCAACAAAUUGCUCCAAAAUUUGUGUACUCUAUGGCACUCACAACACUUCUGUGAUGUGGAAAUAUCAGCAGGGGGCUUUGUUGUAAAAGCUCAUCGGGCUGUUUUAUCUGCUGGAAGUGCAUACUUUCAAGCCAUGUUUACAGGUGGCUUAGCUGAAGAAACUCAGACUUCAAUUGAAAUAAAAUCUAUCACCCCUAAUGUUUUAGCCCAGCUUAUAAACUUCAUAUAUACAGGAGAUAUAGAGGUGACAGUAGAAAAUGUGCAGGAACUCAUGGUUGCAGCAGACAUGCUAGAGAUCCAUAGUGUAGUUCAUGUUUGCACAAACUUCCUGAAGAAAGAACUCCACCCUUCCAAUGCCAUUGGAAUCUACAGGUGUGGAUUUUUCCAUGUUUUCAAAGGCCAAAAAAGAAGAUGUAUAUAUGUUGUAGGAGGAGAACAGGAGUCACAGAUCCUGGCCAAUGGUGAAGUCUAUGACCCUCAGGAAGAUAUGUGGACUUGUAUGGCAUCAAUGGUUAUCCCAAGGUGUGAAUUUGGACUUUGUGCUCAUGAGGGCUAUCUCUAUGCUUUUGGUGGCUGGGUAGGGGAAGACAUUGGGGGAUCCAUUGAAAGGUACGACCCUAUUGCUGACGAAUGGAGACUUGAGUCCAACAUGCCAGAAGCCAGAUUCAGCAUGGGUGUUGUCGAACAUCAUGGGCUCAUCUACAUUGUUGGAGGAUGCACCCACAGUCAGCGUCAUCUCCAUGACCUCCUUUGCUACAACCCAGUGACAGGAGAGUGGCAGAACCUUGCACCCAUGUUAACUCCUCGUAGCCAGAUGGGUGUUGCAGUGUUAGAUGGCUUCCUUUAUGUUGUAGGAGGUACCAACAGGCACAAUGUUCUUACAUCAGUGGAGAGAUACUCCUUUGAGCAGAAUAAAUGGUUUGAGUGUCCUCCCAUGUCUGUGGGCAGAGCAAGUCCAGCUGUUGCAGCAACAAACUCUCUUUUGUAUGUCAUAGGUGGUGAUCAAACUAGUGAAGUCAAUGAUUUUUACAGAGCCCAGGUAAGGAUUAUCAUUUACUCCAAGACAGCCGGCAUGAAAGUUACUUUUCGAUACUUUGAUCCCAUCACCAACAGCUGGGUGGACUGCACUGCCUUGCCAGAGAGUCGGUCCGAGGCAGGGGCAGUUGUCAUUUGACCCCCUCCUCCUUCACAGCUCCCAACUCCCCCCAAACACAAGAGUCACCGGCCAAACCUCAAUGAUCCAGAGUGUCCUAGUUUAACCAGAAAGGUCAAUAUCAGCCGACAUUCCCAUAGUCCAAGACAGCCGGCAUGAAAGUUACUUUUCGGCAGAUUUGGUAAAUGUGAUAAUGAUGUGGAAUAAAUAUGUUCAAGCGCUUAUUUCAUUUCUUAUGAAAUGGCAUUUUAUAGCUCCAGAUUUCUAGAAAGCUCACUAUUAAAGUAAGGAUUUUAAAAAGCAUUUACAUGAAAAUGCAUGCAUAUUGGAGUGGGUUACAACAUAAAGCAUAUCAAGAUAUUUUUAAAUAAGAAGAAAUUUUCCAUUAAAAAUUUUUGAUGGCUUUAAAUGGUCUGGUUGAACAUUUUAAUAACUAAAUCACAGUACUGCACUUUAUGAACAAGUGCAGUUGUUAUCACCAUAGUCUGCUGUGUGGUGUAUAGUAACCAUAUCAUCCUUGCUUGAUUAAGUUAUCUUACUUUGUAAAGUCAAUGAAAAGAAAAUUUAUUAUAAGAUGGUGGUGCAAAAAUAUGUCAUUUUUAUGCCUUAGUAGAAGUAUAGUUACCUUUAGUAAUGAAAAUUCUAGGCAGCUCAAUAUUCUUUUAUGAUAAAUCUCCUACUAUCAAGCUUGAAACUUGGUUGAAUAUGUUUUUCCAUAAUAAUAUUCUGCUGUAUAACAAUAUGUAAUUAAUUACUUGAUGGUAUGACUUUACUUAUACUUGAGCCUGACAACUAACAUAAUCUCUGGGUUUUAGAAGCAUAUUUUUACUUUCCUGAAAGGAAAAUAAUUCCACUGAAUGAGGGAAGAGUGCCAUAAAUUUGCCUUUGUUCUUUCCUUCUCACUAAUUUUAGCAUGUAAAUGCACUUUAUAAUUCAUUUAUGAGAAUUUGUACAGAUACAUUUGGUUCAUAGUUCCAGUUAUAAAUAAGCACCUUCUAGUCCUCCCUGUUUAUACCUUUCAUUAAAAAAGAGGAACGAAAACAGGCAUUAUUUGUUAUUGAUAAAUUAUAACAUUUAAAAUUAUGAGGCAAUAUUUCAUUAUUAAUUUUCUCCAACCAAUUCAUUUUUCAUUGUUGUUUUAUGACGCUUGUGAAAAAUCAUUAAUCUGUAAGGCUUUAGGGGUACUUACAAUGUAAGUACUCAAUCAGUAGAUUCAUCUUAGUAUUAUAAUGGAAUUGCCAUGGAUCUUCCAAGCGGCAGUUGACAGAGAUCUCUAUGUUGGUCAUGGGCCUGGUGUGCUUCUCGAAUAUAUGUUGGAGGAAAGUUCCCUCUCUUGUUAGUGUUCACUGAUUUCCCUUUUUACUUCCUCUUUUCUCUUUCAUUCUGUUUUUUAACCAAUUCCUGAAAAAUCUCUAUGGAUAUGGUAUAUCAAAAGGUAAUGAAUGAGGAUUUAAUAUGUAAUAAUUGUGUAGGUAGAUUCAUUUCAUAUUUGUUUUUGCUCAUAAGAGUAGGUAAAACAUUAUGCAUCAUUUAGUGAGAAGAGCACACAGCUAUGGAUAAGGAAUAUUAUGCCUCUUUGAAUUGUUAGAAUAGAUAGUUGUUGUGACAGGAAGGAAAAUUUAGGAAUAACCACAUUAAAAUGUGGCAUUGAAUCUGCAUGAGAAUUAUCUGCUUGUCACUGCCUUAUUUACACAAAAUCAUGUGCUUUAUCUGUACAUAAUAAAGCUUUGUCUAAUGAUGUUGUGUACUUGUUGUUGUUUACAUUUUUUUAUUGUGAUUUAAGGCUUGACCCAUGAAUCUAUUGAUGAUGUAUGACUACUCAAGCUUUUCAGUAAAAGGUGUUAGUAUGGUAUAAAAACUUCCAGUUAUGCUUGUAUGUUAAUAGUGUCGCAAAUAUGACACCCUGUUUUUCACUUGCAAGUGGACUUUAGUGGAUCUGUUGUUUUUGAAAUGUGCACAGAUGUCAAAUACAGACAGCUCUGGGUAGUCCUAAGUAGCACGAUUUUCAUCUGUUUUGUACCAUUAAACACUAUAUAGCUGGUUAUCAGUAGACUUUUUUUGAGAUGUGUCUUCUAUAUAGUAGUAGUAAGUACUUUUACUUGCUCUUUCUAUUUGGUAAGUAAUAGGGAAACUGCUUUAGGUCUUUGUAAUACUAUCUUCAAAACACGGUGGAGCACUGAUCGAUGUGAAGUAAAUCGAAUCCAUACGUUUACAUUCAUCCGUCUCAAGAGUUAAUCAAAUUUGUUGUCUUCAUUCUCUGUGUUUUGUCAUAUAUUGUUUAUUCAGACUUUAUAACCAAAGAUUGUAAAACUAAUAACCUUUUUGAGUGAUGUAUGAAUUACUGUUUAGAGUGUGUCAUUGUCUUAAGAAUAAUAGUAUGUAUGUUUGUUUAUACAGAUAAAUAAUGAUAAUUCUAUUGGAUUUUAAGUUUAUUUGAUGAUUUCAUUAGAUUAUAAAAAGAGGAUAUGAUAUAUUUGAAACCAAAGAUUAUAUAGAUAUAUAUUCCUAUUUAUUUCUGUGAGAAUCCCAACAUAUACAUAUAUAUUGAAUAUUGAGUUGCAAAACUUUAUUAAUCUAAAACCUUUCCCAUUUUGUUUAACAGUUGCUGCUUUUGUAUAACUAAACUGGUAGUCUUGAUUUCUGCACAAAAAUGUUAUGCAAGAUCAUACUGGUUAAAGUUAAACAUUGUAUAUUACAAUGUGAUUUUUAUAUUUUUGAAGGUAUAUAAUUUCAUUUUCUAUUUCUUCAGAUAUUUAGCUUGUUUAUUAUUUACUUUAAUUCCAAACAUUGUGUGUUUGUAAUUGCACUGUUAGUUGUGAAGAUGGACUUUGUAAAUGUUCAGAGUUCGUAAAUAAAAAUUGAAUGAUUAA